AUCUCUGGGACGAUCCACAACGCCGGUCAGAGCGUCCUCUUCAAGGUGGAGAAGGGCACCAAGCACCACGUCAACAUCACAGGCGGACCUCUCGUCUACAAGUACCGCUUCGAAGAACUCUACAUCCACUUUGGCGUCAAUAACGACAUGGGUUCAGAGCACCAGAUUAACGGUGCAACCUUUCCUGCUGAGGUCCAGCUGUAUGGCUUCAACGCUGACCUCUACCGCAACAUGAGCGAGGCCAGGCUCGGCUCCAACGGCAUCGUUGGUCUCUCCAUCAUGAUACAGGUGAGAGAAACAGAGA